AUGAACAAUGUGAAAUGUGAAAUGAACUUCCACCUUUUGGUGCUUCUUGUAACGUUACCAUUCGUAUUAAGUCAAUCAUUUUUCCCACAAAACGACUUAGAGCAUGAAGAUGUCCAAAGAACAGCUGCGCAAGAAGAACUUCUUCCGCCUCAUUUAAAAAAUCCGUUCUACCAGAAUCCCAAAAUCAGAGCCGCACUUGCCAAGAGCUCAUGGUUCGGGCCUGGAGAACGUCCUAUAAAGGCCAGAGACUCUCAUAAAAUUCCUCGGAAAGAAAUUUUCACAGUUCUGAAUCACGCAGGACUCCUACCUCAGCAACGGAUCUAG